GGGGUAUAUAAAAUAUUUAAUCUCAUUCAUGAGUCGAACUUCCUUUUUAAGACAUGGAUGACAAAGCCUCUGUUGGAAAAAUCAGUGUGUCUUCAGAUUCGGUAUCCACUCUUAACAGUGAAGAUUUUGUCUUGGUUUCCAGGCAAGGGGAUGAAACACCAUCUACAAAUAAUGGUAGUGAUGAUGAAAAACCAGGAUUGAAGUUUCCAAGCAAAAAAUAGAGGAGGAAAACAGGAACUAACUCCCGAUUCUUUUUUCUGGAUUGUAGGGAAUGGGAGUGAGCAGCAGCUGCAGAAAGAACUUGAAGAUGUGCUGAUGGAUCCACCCAUGGAAGACCAGUCCAGUGACCGGGAACAUGGGGAAGAAAGUCGGACUGAUGGAGAAGGGGACGAUCCCAUCCUUCUUGAGGCUUCUGCUUCUUCUACUGUUAACCCUGUGUUGAUGACAGGACUUCAGAAACCUGAGAUGAGCCUGCCAGUGCAACCAACACAGGGAGAUUGCGAGGAGUUGAGCCCUUUUACACCACUGGCGGAUGAGGACAGCGUGGUGUUCAGCAAGCUGACCUACUUGGGCUGUGCCUCGGUGAAUGCCCCCAGGAGUGAAGUGGAAGCCCUGAGAAUGAUGUCUAUCUUACGAAGCCAGUGCCAGAUUUCCUUAGAUGUGACCUUGUCAGUGCCUAACGUGUCUGAAGGAACCGUGAGGCUCUUAGAUCCUCAAACACACACAGAAAUAGCAAAUUAUCCCAUCUAUAAAAUCCUCUUCUGUGUGCGAGGGCAUGACGGGACCCAGGAAAGUGACUGCUUCGCUUUCACCGAAAGCCACUAUAAUGCAGAGCUGUUCAGGAUUCAUGUCUUCCGAUGUGAAAUCCAAGAAGCUGUGAGCCGAAUACUGUACAGUUUUGCCACUGCCUUCCGCCGUUCUGCCAAACAGACUCCGCUCUCUGCCACUACAGCCCCACAGACUCCGGACAGCGAUAUUUUCACAUUCUCUGUAUCCCUGGAAAUCAAGGAAGAUGAUGGGAAAGGUUAUUUCAGUGCAGUUCCCAAAGACAAAGACAGACAAUGUUUUAAACUCCGCCAAGGAAUUGACAAGAAGAUUGUGAUUUAUGUUCAACAGACAACUAAUAAAGAACUUGCCAUUGAGAGAUGUUUUGGCCUUCUCCUGAGCCCUGGGAAGGACGUUCGGAGUGGUGACAUGCACCUUUUAGAUUUGGAAUCCAUGGGUAAAAGCUCUGAUGGGAAAUCGUACAUCAUCACUGGGAGUUGGAAUCAAAAAUCUCCACAUUUCCAAAUUGUAAAUGAAGAAACUCCGAAAGAUAAAGUGCUGUUCAUGACUACAGCUGUUGAUUUGGUGAUAACUGAGGUACAAGAACCUGUGCGAUUCCUUUUGGAGACCAAAGUCCGAGUUUGCUCACCAAAUGAGAGAUUGUUCUGGCCCUUCAGCAAACGUAGCUCCACUGAAAACUUCUUCCUAAAACUAAAACAGAUCAAACAAAAGGACAGGAAGAACAAUACAGAUACAUUAUAUGAAGUUGUGUGUCUAGAAAGUGAAUCUGAAAGGGAGAGAAGAAAAACUACAGCAAGCCCCUCUAUUCGACUGCCACAGUCUGGGUCGCAGGGCUCCAUGAUUCCGUCCCCUCCAGAGGAUGAUGAAGAGGAAGAUAACGAUGAGCCUCUCUUGAGUGGUUCUGGGGAUGUUUCCAAAGAGUGUGCCGAAAAAAUUCUUGAAACAUGGGGAGAUCUUCUGUCCAAAUGGCAUCUGAAUUUGAGUGUGAGGCCAAAGCCUUUGUCAGCAUUGGUGAGAAGUGGUGUUCCUGAAGCACUAAGAGGCGAGGUGUGGCAGCUGCUAGCUGGAUGUCAUAACAAUGACCACCUGGUGGAAAAGUACCGAAUUCUCAUCACAAAGGAGUCUCCCCAGGACAGUGCGAUCACUCGGGACAUCAAUCGCACCUUCCCAGCUCAUGAUUACUUUAAGGAUACCGGGGGAGAUGGCCAAGACUCCUUGUACAAAAUAUGCAAGGCCUAUUCCGUCUACGAUGAGGAGAUUGGCUACUGUCAAGGCCAGUCAUUUCUUGCCGCUGUGCUGCUUCUGCAUAUGCCUGAAGAGCAGGCUUUCAGUGUUCUGGUCAAAAUCAUGUUUGACUAUGGACUCAGGGAACUUUUCAAACAAAACUUUGAAGAUUUGCACUGCAAGUUUUAUCAGCUGGAGCGCCUCAUGCAGGAAUGUAUUCCUGACCUUUAUAACCACUUUCUGGACAUCAGCCUUGAGGCCCACAUGUAUGCCUCCCAGUGGUUUCUAACCCUAUUCACUGCCAAAUUCCCUCUCUACAUGGUCUUCCAUAUUAUUGACUUGUUAUUAUGUGAGGGAAUAAGUGUUAUUUUUAAUGUUGCACUGGGAUUAUUAAAAACUACCAAGGAUGACCUGUUAUUGACAGACUUUGAAGGGGCUUUAAAGUUCUUCCGUGUACAGCUGCCCAAGAGAUACAGGUCAGAGGAGAAUGCAAAAAAGCUGAUGGAAUUAGCUUGCAAUAUGAAGAUUGGGCAGAAAAAGUUGAAGAAAUAUGAAAAGGAAUAUCAUACCAUGCGAGAGCAGCAAGCGCAGCAGGAGGAUCCUAUAGAAAGAUUUGAGCGUGAGAACCGGCGACUGCAAGAAGCGAACAUGAGGCUCGAGCAAGAAAAUGACGACCUUGCACAUGAACUGGUCACCAGCAAGAUUGCACUACGCAAGGAUUUAGAUAAUGCCGAGGAAAAGGCAGAUGCACUGAAUAAGGAGUUGCUGAUGACCAAACAGAAGUUAAUUGAUGCAGAAGAAGAAAAAAGGCGACUAGAAGAGGAGGCUGCUCAGCUGAAGGAAAUGUGUCGGAGGGAACUAGACAAGGCGGAGUCGGAGAUUAAAAAGAACAGUUCUAUUAUUGGCGACUAUAAGCAGAUUUGCUCUCAGCUGAGCGAGCGACUGGAGAAGCAACAAACAGCAAAUAAAGCUGAAAUUGAGAAAAUCCGGCAAAAAGUGGAUGACUGUGAAUACUGCCGAGAGUUCUUCAAUAAAGAAGGGCGUGUGAAGGUCGCCAGCUCUGCCAAGGAUGCUUCUGAUGAGGACACGGAUGAGGAAAAGGAGACUCUGAAAAACCAGCUGAGGGAAAUGGAGCUUGAACUGGCCCAAACCAAGCUGCAGUUAGUCGAAGCAGAGUGUAAAAUACAGGAUCUAGAGCACCAUUUGGGCCUGGCGCUGAACGAGGUACAAGCAGCAAAGAAGACGUGGUUCAACAGAACAAUAAGUUCUAUAAAAACAGUGACUGGUGUCCAAGGAAAAGAGACUUGUUGAAAAGGAAAAACUCGGUCAAACACAUUUUUCUUAAACACAAUACCUUUUGUUGCCUUCCGUGGCCAGAUGUUUAAAUCUGUGACAUGUGAGAGGACCAGAA